UAAUAAUGAUACAUAAAAUGUAAACAGUACAAAAUAUUACUUCAUAUUAGAAAAUUAAUAGAAAUUUAAUAAAAAAAUAUAACUUUUAAUAAAACUACAAAAUGCUGGCUCCCAUCAAACAUUUAUUAAACAAAAAACGUAUAAUUUUAGCCAGUGGUUCUCCCCGCAGGCAGGAAUUAGUAAAAGCUUUGGGACUCUAUGCUGAACUAAUACCCUCUACAUUUGAGGAAAACUUGAAUCCUGCCGAUUUUAAAGAUUUUUCCCAAUUCAUAGAAGCUACCGCUUUAGGUAAAGCGGAAGAGGUUUACAAUCGCCUAAAGAAUGGUGAUAAUCCAGAAGAACUUUUGGUUAUAGCAGCAGAUACUAUGGUUACUAUGGGCUCGGAGAUUUAUGGUAAACCUGCAAAUCCUCAGGAGGCUGUAAAAAUGCUAACAAAUCUUUCGGGUAAAUGCAAUCGUGUUUUUACUGGUGUAGUUUUAAAACAUUCUCAAGGUAUACGUUCCUUUACCGAAACUGCUGAUGUUUAUUUUGGUCAUCUAACACCCGAACAAAUACAAGAUUAUGUGGAUUCAGGAGAUCCAUUAGACAAGGCUGGUGCCUAUGGUAUUAAUGGCCCUGGUGGUGCUUUAAUAUCACGCAUUGAUGGUGAUUUCUAUUGUGUUAUGGGUUUACCUAUGCAUCGUUUGUGUUGUGAACUAAAUAAAGUGUUUUUGGGACAAGAGUAAUCGCUUUCUUUGUUAGAUUAUUAUUAUUAUAAAAAAAUGUGUUAUUUUUAAUGUUCGAUAACUGGGUAUAGGUAACCAAAGUUUUAGCUAGAGGCUGGAAUUGUUUUAUUUUUUCAAAUAAAUAAAAAUAUUUAUUGA